GACGUUUGUUUGUUUAUUUCCUACCUACUGAAAGUAAAAAAAGUUUUUUAAUAUUUUUCUGCAACAUUUUUAUUAAUAAAAUUUUACAAAAUGCCCCGCAAAAAUGCCAACAUUGAAGAACUACAAACUUUUUUCAAGUCUCAUAGUAAAAUAAAAGAACAAAAGGCCCACACUUCCAAGGUUCACUCAGUUGGUUGGAGCUGUGAUGGCAAACGCCUAGCAUCAGGAUCUUUUGAUAAAACAGUUGCAGUCUUCACACUAGAUCGAGAACGUGUGAAUAAAGAAAACACUUAUCGUGGCCAUACUGGAUCAGUAGACCAACUAUGUUGGCAUUCAUUCACCCCAGAACUACUUAGCACAGCUAGUGGUGAUAAAACGGUCAGAAUCUGGGAUAUUCGAGCGGGAAAAUGUUCGACAGUGACGAACACUAAAGGAGAGAACAUUAAUAUCACUUGGUCACCGGAUGGUAGAACUAUUGCUGUUGGCAACAAAGAAGAUUUGGUUACUUUUAUUGAUACUAGAACAAAUAAAGUUCGAGCUGAGGAACAGUUCAAUUUUGAGGUAAAUGAAAUUGCUUGGAACAACACCAGCGAUAUGUUCUUUCUCACAAAUGGUCUAGGUUGUGUACAUAUCCUCAAUUACCCUGGACUCGAAUUACAACAUGUUCUAAAAGCUCAUCCUGCCACUUGCAUUUGUAUUGAAUUUGAUCCAACAGGAAAGUAUUUUGCUACUGGAUCAGCAGAUGCCCUUGUAUCUAUUUGGGAUGCCAAUGAACUAGCUUGUUUGAGAGUUCUUUCUCGAUUAGAUUGGCCAGUGCGUACAAUAUCAUUUAGUUAUGAUGGGAAGCUUCUAGCAUCAGCUAGUGAAGAUCUAUUAAUUGAUAUAGCUCAUACUGAAACAGGAGAAAAAAUAUCAGACAUUCCCGUAGAUGCAGCUACUUUUACAGUUGCAUGGCAUCCAAAACAAUAUUUGCUGGCUUAUGCAUGCGACGAUAAAGAUAACAACGAUAGGCGCCGAGAAGCUGGCAAUUUAAAAGUUUAUGGUUUUUCUGAAUAAAAUUUAUUUUUCUUUUUUUCA